UCAGCUGCUCGCACAGGCGCGACGGCCGAGAAGAUAGAGGACGGAGGCGCGGCAGGCAAGCAGGGAGAGGCGGUCGACUACGCCCCCCACCCCACCCUCACCCCCGAGCGAGCAAACACCCCUGCCCUCCCUUCCUGACGACGACAGUCUAGAGUUUCGGAUGGGCGCGACUCUCUCGUCGCCGCGGCCGCGACCGCGGCGGUGCUGUCGGCCAGCCGCAUCCAGCAGCUCCUCGUGAGGCCGAGCCGAGGCCGAGCUACACAUGUUCUGCAUUUGUCAGCAUGUUGCCCCGUCACACGCGAGCAGGUGGCUAUGACCUGCCGGGCUGCGAGUCCAGCGCAGUCCCCCUUCUCGCUUACCGGCCUCUCUGCGGCGACCCCUCAGGCGACCCGCACGCCACUCUGCAGGUGGAGUCGUCGCCCAUGAAGACGACGUGGUACUGUCCUCUGGAUCUGUCCACAGUAGUGGAGGAGGAAGAGGACGGUCUCAUCUACACAGUGGUGAUCAAACAAGCCGGGUCCCCCACGCAGUCGUGCAUUUCACGCUGCCAGUGCGUGAAGGCGGGCACGGAGGAGAAGCUGACGUUGCACCUGCUUCGCUCCUUCGCCUUGGGCGACCCGUCCUUCGUCACCAUCUUCCUGGCGACCUAUCGCUCCUUCACAUCCACGCAGAGAGUGUUAGACAUCCUCACCGACCGGUUGGAGCGACCGCCUGCAGACGGCGACGAAGGCCAGUUGAGGAAAUCCUUCAACAGAGCCGUGUGCUCGGUAUUCGGCGCGUGGCUGUCCGAGUACCCUGAGGACUUCCGCGGCCUGAAGGAUCCUUCGCGCCUCCUGCGACUAGCACCGCUUCUGCCUCAAGACUCGCCGUUUGCCGCCGACCUCCGCGCUCGCUUCCUCAGCUUGGCCGAGGAGCUCAGCGAGAAAGCGCUGCUGCCCGACGAUACAUAUCGAGACAUGAACUUGGCCACCCGGCCGUCGUCAACGAACCUGCGCGAGUUCGAGGCCGCCGCCAUCCUGGGCUUUCCGUCGGCCGUCGUCGCCGAGCAGCUCACCCGCAUCGAAACGGAUCUGUUCGUGCGGCUGGUGCCGUAUCACUGCCUGGGCUCGCUGUGGUCUCAGCGUGACAAGAAAGGUCGCGAGGGUGCGUGCCGGUCCGUGCGGGCCACCGUCCGCCAGUUCAACCGUCUGGCCAAUGCCGUGCUGGCCUCGUGCCUGAGUGGUGCCGGCGGCCAUCGGCCAGCCAGGCUGCUGGAGAAGUGGAUCGCCGUGGCCCAGGCCUGCCGUGCCAGGAAGAACUUCUCUUCACUGUACGCCAUCGUGUCGGCCCUGCAGAGCAACCCCAUCCACCGCCUCAGGAGAACCUGGCAGGACACCGACAGGGAGGCGAUGAGGAAGUACGAGGAGCUGUGUGAGAUCUUCUCGGACAAGGACAACUACUCGCAGAGCCGAGAGUUGCUUAAGGAGGAAGGCACAUCCAAGUUCGCCAACCUGGACAACAACAACAUCAACAACAAACACGCCAGGUGGGGCACGUCGCAGGGUACGGUUCCCUACCUCGGCCUAUUCUUGACUGACCUGACCAUGCUGGACACAGCCAUCAAGGACCGGCUGGAGAACGGCUACAUCAACUUUGACAAGCGCAGACGGGAGUUUGAGGUUUUGGCUCAAAUCCGACUACUGCAGUCGUCAUGUAAAAACUGCGUCUUGGUCCAGGAUGAGGCCUUCCUGCGCUGGUACCGCAGUGUUCCCACUCUAACCGAUGAGCAAAGUUACAGACUGUCCAAUGAGAUCGAAGCACCCAGCGAGGCAGCGACGCCCUCCCGCGGCGCCACCAUGCCGGCCAUCAUCAUCACCCAGUGCCCCGAUUUAAGUCGCUCCGGGAGCAGCCUGGCCUCUGACGCUGAUGCCGACGCCCACUUCGACUCGCCCUCGCCCGUCAACAGUCUGUUCUCCAGACUCACCAAGCACAUGAGAUCUCCGUCAGUGUCGUGUCUGGACGUGGACACGUCGUCGCCGCCGCCGCCCGUCAACGACCCGGCGGCCUUCCAUCUGGCUCCCGGGACGCCUCCCAAAUCCCACCGCCGCUCAGCCUCCUGCGGCAACAACGCAUGUGCCUCCGCCGCUGCCGGCAAGGGUCAAAGUUCGGGGCCCGACAUGCGCAUCAUCAGGAUCCGCAUGGAUCUGCAAGACGGCAACUUGUACCGCAGCAUCCUGGUGACGAGCAACGACAAGACGCCGGCUGCCAUCGCCUCGGCGCUUGAGAAGCACAACCAGGACCCGGCGCGGGCGUCAUCCUAUGAGCUGAUUCAACUUCUGCCUGAUGGAAAAGAGUUGCUGAUCCCGGCCACGGGCAACGUUUUCUACGCCAUGACGUCAUCCAGCGUGGACUUCCUGUUGAGGAGGAAAGCAAGUGACAUGUCUGUCAGCGGUUCACCGGCCGCCGGCCAAUCGGAGAACACUGCCGCCACGUACCCGCGAAUCAAGUCCAAGGGAAGGAGAUUAGCCCGAACUCUGUUUUGACGCCAGCUCGGCACACGGCACUUUCAGUUCACUACCUAUGAUCCAAUAUCAAUGUUGUUGGGCCAUUUUUUUCCCCCCAUUUUACUUCAGGAAAAUUUUCCUCCGCAAUUUUAUUUAAUUGAAUUUAUAUU